AUGCCUCCUGCAGCUCCCAGUUUUUCUGGUUCCAUACCACCAGAUAAUAACAAACUGCGCAUAAAUAAGAAAAUAGAAAGUGUAGAUUCAGCAACGUCUCCAAGACGGCUCCGCAAAAAUGAUACGAAAAAGGAAGAAUGUGAUAUACGGACGUCAAAAAAGUUUAAAGUGCAAUAUGAUGAUGAGAAUUGUGAAGUUGUUCAAAUUAAACGACGUCGUUUAAGUGACAAAAGCUCUGAUAUUCGAAAAGAGCCGGGGCGAAUGCAUGGCGACUCUAAUCUUACUUUAUCUGGUGAUGAGGAUGAUUUCUCAGACUCCUCGUCUGAUGACGACAGUAGAAGAAUCAUUGAAAGUUCGGAGGAAGAAGAUAAUGUGUCGGAGUCUUUGAAUAAGAAAAAGAAGUUUUAUAUUGUACAAAAUGAUGGCAGACCUGCAGAGUUGUAUAGAACAGACUUGAUACAUAGUUUGCGAAACCAUGAAGAUCUAAGUGAAGAUAGUGAUGAUGUGUGUGGCUUAAGCAAUGGUGUUCUCAGACUGACUGAUAGAUGGAGAGAAGAGUGGAAUCAUGGCGUACAAGUACCGAUGAACCCUAAAUCUCUGCCAUAUUUCAAAGUCGCCCUGAAUGAGAUGAAGUUACCUUCUCGUGGACGUUUUGGCCUUCCUGCAAAAUACAUCGGGAUUCGCCCUGAAGGUUCUGCUCCCCUCAGCUAUGUUACUCCAGCUACGCAUGCUUGUACAAUUCUCCCAAAAAGGAGAUUGUAUCAAGCCGAUCGUAUGGAUGAAAUUUGGUUGAAAGAUAUAAACCAGAACAAAGCAUACCGUGGUCAGAAAAAAAUCGAUAUGGUUACGUUUAUGAUAGUAAUGGACAUGCUUGAAAUAAGUUGUUAUGAGAGAAUUCAUGAGUUGUUGAUAGCCCCUUUACAUUCCCCGAACUUUGAUGGAAUCGAUGAAGAGGCUGCUUGCGACAUUUGUCGUGGCGCUGAAUCCGAACCAGAUGACAGUAUGGUUUUCUGCGACGGAUGCAACAUGUGUGUACACAUGUCUUGUUAUGGUUUGAAUGUUCUUCCUGAAGACGAGUGGAUUUGUCAAAAAUGUGCUCUUGGUUAUGGGUUUUCCCCACCUUGUUUGUUAUGUCCUACUAGAGGAGGUGCUUUGAAAUGCACUAAGCAGUUUGAAGAUGGGAAGUGUCGUUGGGCCCAUGUAGCUUGUGCUCUUUGGAUUCCAGAAUGCCGGUUUGGUAAUGCCGAGUUGCGUGAACCAAUAACAUCUCUCGAUGAAAUUCCCGAUGAUCGCUGGCAGAUGAAAUGUUGUGUAUGUGAUACCCGUCAAGGAGCUUGCAUACAAUGCACUUAUCCCAGCUGUACUACUGCAUUCCAUGUAACAUGUGGUUUGAGAAGAGGUCUGGAGAUGAGGAUUGAUCAGGACCCAAAUCCUGAAAUAGAUGCAGUUAGGUUUCUGAGCUACUGUCCUCGUCAUUCAGGAAAGAGAGAAACGGGAAAGAAGUGGGCGGAAGAAGAACAGGAUGAUAAGGAUAAUCAAGAGUUAAAGAAGUUGGAAGAUAUUUUCUACUUACAUGUUGAUUACGAGAUGAUCGCAAAACGAUCCGGACUGGAUAAAUUGAUUGUGUCUGAUAUCUAUGAGUAUUGGAAACAGAAACGUUUUGACAACAAGGGAAAGCCUCUUAUUCGUAAUCCUCAUGAUGAAAUCAAAUUGACUGUUGAUGUUCCAAUUGUUAAACUUCCUCAGCCUGGCGAUGUUGAACGUAGUAGAGAUUCGGUCAUGACGGCAAGACUGAAUCUGGAAUCAGGAAGAAUUCAGAAAUCUCUAGAUAUGGGUCGUUCUUUACUUUAUUUGGUAGUGAAGCGAGAGAAAGAGAAACACCGUGAGCUAGUUACACAAUGGAAAAUUUUGGAAAACAUUUGGGAACAAACAGCCGUUGGUGUACCACUUAGUCAACGAGUUGUGGACACUUUUUGUGAGAUUGUGGAGUCUUUAAUGGAAGAAUCUGAUCGUGAAAUUUUAAAGAAUAAGUCUUCGUCGUCUCCUAAAGAGGGUGAAACAACUCAAGAGCCGCCUGUAAAAAUGCAAGAAAAAACCUCGAAUACUAAUGCUGUAAAAAAGAUGCUUGAACCUAAGAAACUCAGAAUUCAAAGCUCGGUUUCACCUGUUAAAAGAUCAAACAUAUCUCUUCGGAGGAAGUCUUCAGCGAACAUGGAAUUGUCGAAAUUGUCUUCUCCUGUCAAAGCGAGGAGGAGUCAGAAGAUAGAACCUAGACGUUUCCCGCGACGUUCCAAAGCUAACUGA